AUGACUUUACCUUGGCAGGAUCAAGGAGCGCGUGGUGCCAAGAAAAAAGCUAUCGAAAAUGCAGUUUGGAAGCAAGAUAAACCAAGACGCAAGAAUGCAACAGCAACAUCAGCCCAAGACCGUCCUGCCCCAAAAAAGAGAACUGACGCGUCACCAGCACCUACUCCAAGUCGGAAGUCCAGCUCCACUGGCAAGUCAAACAGGACUAAGGCAUCAAGAAAGCCGUCAACACUGAGUCUGUUGAUACACUUGAAACUAAUUUAUGGUACUUACAUGGAAAAACGUUGGGCACUGGCAGAGCGUCCGCGCGACAUGAGCGACUCAGAUGAUGGUAUCUUGCAGGCUCCACUGAUGGUUGAUAAGCAACUUGAAGCGCAGCUGCCUUACUAUCGACGACCAGCGAAACUCUGCCGAACUUACGCUAUGCAAGAUGUGGCAUUGCUUGAAGAUGAAGAUGAGCAGAGUACUGACUCUGAUACGAGUCGGCCCAGGGACAAACCGAGUCGGGACAGCUUACUAAUUGAUUCAGACGGUAACGACUCGGAGAGCAGCGCCACUGACGGUGAGGAUGAAGAUUCGGCUGCGUUGAGGCUUUUCGAUGAGGUCGUGUCGGUCGUCACCAACAAGCAGCAGGUAGCAUCGAAAUCCGAGUCACGUGGCACCCCAAGUCCAAAAGCCGAGUUCAAGGCCCGAGAUCACAAACAAGCAGCAGAGACUCCUACCUGGGCCAAUAUGGAUGUCGAAGAUGCAGUUUCGGAGUCCAUUGAAGAUCGCUCAACUGGUGGCGACUCAGAAUUCCAAUCCAACAACGAAGGCACUGCACCGACUCGGAAACUUACCUCUGACGCGAAGACUCGGAGUAUCGCCUCGCUCAUUCGAACAGAAAGUGGAAAGGUGAAAUUACUUGAUCAGAACCUAGAGACUCGCAAAGUCCUUCAGUCCGCAAUCAUGGAAGUCAAGUGCCACCUUUUUUUCACCCACGGCUAUCCUGAACUGGUUGACAAGAACCAAGUCGCGCUGCAAGCAUUGAUAGUUGUCGCCGAAAAACGUGGUGUGCACCCAAUCAAAGAACGUCUUCAAUCGGACGAACGGUAUGCGUCACAACUCGGUAGCUUGGUGGAUGCUCGUGUUCCAAUAUUGCGUCGUGAGCUGAAGGAAGACGCAUGUGCACAUGCCGAUGGUUACUUUCGCCUUGGACACACCGACACUGGGAAAGCUGCAGCGAGAAGGCUAUUGGAUAAGCUUGCAUAUAUAUAUGCCUUGAAGUUUGAUAUCAAUAACGAGGCUUCGCCCAUUGGAAAGAAGCCCUACCAGGGUGAACUCUUAAUUUUCUUAAUAUAUCGGCAGCUCUUUCAUAGCUCGAGGUCCAUUGCCAUCAAGUUUGUGGAACACUUCGUUGAAAUCGCCAACAACAAAGGCCAGCGCCCCGAAGUCCCUAUCCCUUUGCUGGCAUUGGUUGCCACUGCGGUGUACGCAGCCCUUCUGUGGAAGUCGCAAGGUUCACCAUCGAAAUUCAACUUUACAGGAAAUUUAUUCAGCGAGACAUACAACUACCAUGUCAGGUUCCUGGAAAAACUGAAGAAGGACGCACCUGCAAAAUUCCACUGUAUGAUGGCCGACAUCUAUGAGGCUGCACAGAAGUUGCGAUACAGCGGCACCGCUGCCAGUGGCCAUGCUGCUGAGCUCGAAGCAUUCGAGUUACUUGACCUCGACAAUAUGGAAGAAGACUGA